AGAAGUCCUUCACUGCUUCAUUCUCUCAUUCUUGGAAUGAAUUUGGAAAUGACUUUUGAUGACUUCAAGAGCAAGACUAUGAAGGAUCAACCUGAUCAGAAGCCAAAUAGAAAGAAAGCUGAAGGUCCUCAUUUUCUUUCUUCUCGAUGGUGGUGCCCUACUGCUGUGACCCUGGGGAUCCUUUGCUUGGGAUUACUGGUAACUCUUAUAAUGCUAACAGUGCAAUUAUCACAGGUUUCUGAUCUUCUAAAGCAACAGCAAGCAAACCUUACUAACCAGGAAAUUAUACUGGAGGGACAGAUCUUAGCACAGAAGCAGGCAGAAAAAUCUUCCCAGGAGUCAGAAAGGGAACUCAAAGAAACGAUAGAAACCCUUAACCAGAAGCUGGAUGAAAAUUCCAAAAAACAGAUGGAACUUCAUCAUCAGAACCUGAAUCUCCAAGAAGCUCUGAGGAAAACAGCAAACUUUUCAGGUCCUUGUCCCCAAGACUGGCUCUGGCAUGAAGAAAACUGUUACCUAUUUUCCUCUGGCCCAUUUAAUUGGGAAAAAAGCCAGGAGAACUGUUUGUCUUUGGAUGCCCAGAUGCUGAAAAUUAAUAGCACAGAUGAUCUGAAAUUCAUCCGGCAAACAAGUGCCCAUUCCAAUUUCCCAUUCUGGAUGGGGUUGUCUCUGAGGAAACCCAGCAGCGCAUGGCUCUGGGAGGAUGGCUCUCCUUUGAUGCCCCACUUGUUUAGACUCCAGGGUCCUGUUUCCCAGAACUAUCCUUCAGGCAGUUGUGCAUAUAUACAAAGGGGAGCUGUUUUCGCUGACAACUGCAUUUUAACUGCGUUCAGUAUAUGUCAGAGGAAGGCGAAUCUAUUGAGAGCACAGUGAAUUCGAAAGCUCUGGAAGAAGAGAAGGAGAAUUCUUUUCUGGAAUUUAAGUUGUCCUUCAUCACUUAGGUGUAAACCACGAGAGCCCUAUGAACUGCUUGUUAUUAGCUGAUGGCAGAACUCCCUAGCAGAGAUUGGGCUUCCGGCUGCCUGGCACCUUGAUAUCAGAAAUUUUGAUUCUGUUUCUCUCUCUCUGUUUUUCACCUAGCUUGUCCCAAGUCUCCCUGCCAACCCUUCAAUUCCCCUUCACUUUUUUUAUUUUGAAGUCUUAUUCCUCUUCAAGUCUUGGGAGCCCUCUGUACUCAGUCCUCUACCUCAGUACCAUCUUUCCCUCACCUUCCUAAACCACAUAGAAGAUGGAAGGUGGAGAACUUGCCCAACUGGUGGAUGCAUGGAAAAAUGCAUGCGAAACAGAAAAGAAUGCACGAAGAAACAGAAAAAGGGAAAGGCCAUGCUGGAAUCCAGAAACUUGUGUUCUCAACGUUAAAAGCUACCACUUGUUGGUCUUUUAUUUUUUUGUUGUUGUUGGUCUUUUAAACUGUGAUCUUUCUCCAGAUUCCACCACGUACACACGCGCACACACGACAUACACACCCCACAUCAUCACAUUUUGGGGCAAUUGGGAUGUUCCAGGAAGUAAUUACAAAUUGAAUGAUCUUUUCAGUCAACUAAUC